AUGACAAAUUUAUCUAAGAAACCGCAAGAUUUUAAUAUUUUUGUGGCCGGAAAGACUGGUGCUUUCAAAGGUAUUAAAGUAGAAGAAAAUGCUGCCGUUGUAAAAAAUUUGCAAAAUGUUGAAAUUUUAAAACCAGAUAGUGAAAUUUCAAUUUUAAACUGGGGUGAUAAUAAUGAAACAGAAAUUUUAAUUGGAACUGUUAAUCAAAUAGUUAAAAUCUAUGAUAUAGAUUUUAAAGCUUAUAGUACAUCAAUGGAAGCAAAAUUUGGCACUGGUUCUAUAGUCGGCUUAACAAGGAUCAACGGAUCAAUUACUACUUGUUCAAAAUCAGGGCAUAUUAAAAUUUGGAAAUGUAAAAAAACAGAAGAAUUAGAACUUAUUACCGAAGGAAAUGUAAGCAAAAUGAAAAAAUGUCCCAAUAGAGAUGGAAUUAUAGGACUUGGAGGUGAAAAAAAUGAUUUAAAAUUAUGGGAUGUAAAUAAAAAAUGUAAAGUUUUUUGUGCCAAAAAUGUGAAAAAGGAUAGUCUAGAAUUGGAAAUUCCUAUUUGGGUCACAGAUCUGACAUUUUUACCUAAUAAUGAAAAUCUUGUCGCUGUUUCUACUCGACAUGGACAUAUUCGUUUAUAUGACACUAAAGCUCAAAGAAGACCUGUGGUAAAUAUAACUGUAGAAAACCAAUCAUUUAAUGCUAUUAGCUUAUGUAACAACAACAAUCAAGUAGUAGUUGGGAGUACGACAGGUCAUUUAAUGGUAGCAGAUUUUAGAGAGAAAAAAGUUGUUCAUAGAUAUAAAGGACCUAUCGGUAGUAUUAGAGAUGUUUAUGCUCAUUCAGAAUUGCCUUAUUUUGCAAGUGUGGGACUUGAUAGGUAUCUUAGAAUUCAUCAUUUAGAAACCAGAAGAUUAUUACAUGAACAAUAUCUUAAAGUGAGGUUGAAUUGCGUACUAAUGACAUCUGCUUAUGGAAAAAAUUCAGACAUUAACGAAGACCAAAAUAUAGAAUGUGUUGAUCUUGAAAGUGACAAUGAGUACAAUGAACUUUUUUCUAAUAUGGAAAGUUUUACAUAA